UUUACUGCCUAAGUCAAAGAGAUGUGCUCAAAGCUCUCUGUGAACACGUUAAGGCGUAUUGUUGAACAGCGAAAUGAUGCUCAACAUUACUGAAGUUUGAACAUUACUGAAGUUUGAACAGACAGUUUACUGUUACAUGAUGGUUUGAGUUAAGGAACAGAAAGAUGCAGCUCUGACAACUCCAGCUCUUCCUGAGUGGAAUCUGAUUGGCUAAGUUAGCCGUUGGCUCAGCGUCUGUCCAUAGAGCAGUUGGAGACAGACUGCUGUCCUACCUGACAGGUCAGCUGUAUAUUUGCAGGUGAAGCUCCGACAUGACUAAGAGAAGCCCAUCUAUUCAGCUUGUCAAAAGGAUGCUGAACCAUCACUGCAGAAGGAGCCCAGAGCUCCAUGAGGAGCUGCAGAUCCAGGCUGCAGUGGCAGCGGGGGAUGUGUGCACUGUCAGGAGGAUGCUUGAGCAAGGAUACUCGCCGAAGAUCCGCGAUGCCAACGGCUGGACACUGCUACACUUCUCUUCUGCCAAAGGAAAAGAGAGAUGCGUUCGAGUCUUUCUUGAGCAUGGAGCUGACCCCACAGUGAAGGACUUCAUCGGGGGCUUCACAGCCCUUCACUAUGCUGCUAUGCAUGGCAGAGCGCGCAUCGCCCGACUGAUGCUUGAGUCUGACUUCCGCAGUGACAUUAUUAAUGCAAAAAGUAACGAUGGCUGGACGCCGCUACACGUGGCUGCCCACUAUGGUCGGGACUCGUUCGUACGCCUCCUCCUCGAGUUCAGGGCCGAGGUGGACCCGCUGAGCGACAAAGGGACAACUCCACUACAGUUAGCCAUCAUACGUGAGCGCUCUAGCUGUGUACGGAUCCUUCUGGACCACAGUGCCAACAUUGACAUUCAAAAUGGCUUCCUGUUGCGAUAUGCUGUCAUCAAAGGCAAUCACUCAUACUGCCGCAUGUUCCUGCAGAGGGGAGCAGACACUAACCUAGGACGUCUUGAGGACGGUCAGACCCCCCUUCACCUGUCUGCUCUCAGGGAUGAUGUGCUGUGCGCUCAAAUGCUCUACACGUAUGGGGCUGACACCAACACUAGGAACUACGAGGGCCAAACUCCGGUUGCUGUCUCUGUUAGCAUGUCUGGAAUCAGCAGGCCCUGUCUAGACUUCCUGCAGGAGGUUACCAGAACCCCUCGGACUCUUCAAGACUUGUGUCGAAUACAAAUCCGCCACUGCAUUGGCCUUCAAAGCUUAAAGUUGUUGGAGGAUCUUCCAAUUGCAAAGGUUAUAAAAGACUAUUUAAAACAUAAGUUUGACAAUGUGUGAAGGGUAUAACAAGGGUAACUAAAACCCCUCUACUGUCAUUUAUAAAGACUAUGCAAUCCCUCUGCUCCUUGUCUGGUUAGAAAUGUCCACAGUUCUGUCUAUUACACGCUGACAGUUACUGUAGUUUGGUUGUCCAGCGUUCUGCUCCUGUUUUUUAGUUCAGCCUUUUCACAUUUAUAACAGUGGCUGAAGGAUGGAAACGGAUGCACCUGUGAGCAAAUGUUGUGAUAUUUUGUUUGAAAAAGAAAACCUCAUUUGACAGAAAGGAUUGUAGCUACAGUUAACAUAAUUUCCAUUUGUGUUGUUACUUCGAAAAUAUGCAUGAUUCUAUCCUAGUGGGAUCUGUGAAUCGAGUGCAAAAUUGCCAAUGAUUCUUUUAUUUUUUUUUACUGAGCUAUAUGAACCUCAACUCGCAUUUUGCAGUAAAGAUUUCCUUUCUGACUCAAAAUCAACAAAGUAUUGAGCGACUUGUACAAUGAUGGCUUUAAAAAAAACACUUUUGGACAAGGUACACUCCCUGAUUUAGUUGUAUCACCCUAUAAGUCUAAUUCCAAAAAUAGUUGUGUUACAAACCCCCCUUUUAAGCAGAUAGCACUUGAUGUGCCCGGUACAGCUAUUUGACAAUUGAUGAUUCAGAGCGACCUAUAAUAUAAAUGUCGCAAUUCUCAAAAUCCAUAAUUUGAUUGGACUUUGAUAUUUAGGUCACAAUUCCAUUUACAAUUGAUUUCAUUCAAUAAAAAAGCAAAAUGCAUGCCUGGCAAAAAUGUUGACAACUUGUUUACAUUUAAAAAGACAGUUUGCAUGAUAUCAAAAUCACAUGCUGCUAAAUUAGUGAUAUAAGUUAUUUUAACAUUUCAAAUGAUUAUUUUUAGACAAAAAACUAAACACAAAAAUAAGAGCCACUAGUUAACAUGAGGGGUCCACCAGACCCCGAACUUUUGUUUUUCUGACACUUUGCCUAUGUUGUUUAAAUGUUACAUAGCUCAUGGGUGAGCCACUUCAGGAAAGCAAGAGAAAUGUUGUAUUUCUGCUCCCCCUCCUCUCCGAACCUGGCUGGGGCUGUGGUGUCUCUGAAACUGCAUGGUAACCUUACUCUGUUGUCUUUUGAGCAUCUGCUGGCACAGAUGUUGUUAAGAUUAAUAAACACGAUAAAGGUAGAAAAUAGACAAUCCGUUUGACAAAAAUUAUCUUGUGAACACCGACUCUAGGAACAACAAGGAUCAAUGCAUUGUGGGAGCGCAGUGGGGUAAAGGGGUUCAAAUAAUCGGUGUGACUUGUAGGUGAAGAGUUGGAUUUAAAAUUGUGUAUUGUAGCAGGAGCUAGUGAAGAGAAUAUGGGAGUAAUAUGACGUUGUUUCCAAGUUGUUGUUAAUGUGCUGCUGCUUUAAGAAUCAACUGAACAGCCUUGGGAAUGUUUUGGGCGUUGAGGUGAUGAGGAAUUACAAUAAUCCAGCCUUGAAGUAAAAAAUGCAUGGACUGUUUUUUCUGUUUGGUUUGAGACAGGGUGUGCUGGCUUUUUGCAACCAAAGAGAAUGUCUGACCUGCUACAAAUCAUUAUCUCUAUAACAAACCGUUCAUCAUUCCUCAACUUUAUUAUGCAUUUGUUAAAAUCUAAAGUUUGAAGUGGGUGUUACAGUUUGGCUUAAUCUGUACAGAGCAUCAAAAGAUUAAUGUAUCAGUCUGAAUAACUCAAACAACGGAUAACUAAUCAGAAUGUCUUCCCAGCUCUUUGCUGAUACUCUGAAAUGGAAUUGAUUUUAAAAUAUCAGCAGCUGAGUGGACAUUUCGGGGGCGGCCACUGUAGAUUGUAAUAAAUAAAGAGUGUAUCUUUAAUAAAUAAAAUCCAAUAUGCAAGAAUCACUAAAACAAAUUCAUUUUUGUAUUUUAAAAAGGCAGCAGCAAGUAAAUACAAUGUAGUUAAAAUCAUUCAAGAACUUCAGUUUGAUGGUUUAAAAAAACAAUUUGAAAGUUGUUAAUGGUUCAUUCAAUAUUGAGUGAUUCUGCAGUUAUCUAUCGACCAAUUUCUACAUAUGUAUUAGAUGUGAGUUUAGAGCACUUCAUGGUGAUACAAUUAAAGCACAUUUACUCACAGGCAUUGAUGGAAUCAAUGAGCUCUGUUUUGGAUUUCACUCACACAAUUGGGAUAAGCUACAGUCAAUGUAAAUACAUGUAAAAAAUAUAUUUUUGUAGAAUUUAUUUAAGAAAUUAUUUCUGGUAUUCUUAAUGUAUUUGAAAAGUGUGGGAAGUAUUGUGUUGGUUGGACUCAAGGGUUUUUACUUUUUGGAUGUGUUUGAGUACUUGUUGGAAUCCACAUUGCUGGGUGCUUUCAGAAUUUGUCUUCUCUUGCAGGUAACUGUUGUUGAGAUUAUACUGUGAAAUAUUACUUUCGGCAAUUCAAAAUAAAAUCUUAAGAUUUUCUACUUAAAUAA